UUCCUGAGCAGAAAGCUCAGAGACGCAGGUGCAGCAUUCAUGUUAAGCGACUGGAGCAGGUUGUCUGACUAUUAAUUUGUCUCCUUGAACUGAAGUACUUUCCAGGAUUUCAGAAAGUGCACUUUCAGUUUGUUGAUACUGAAAAUUGAAAUUUGCAUCAACUGCCAGUGUGAGAGAUUUUCCUGAGAAGGUGGUUGUAUAUAAGUAGUUAAAUAAGAGUGAAAUAAUACAGCGGGCCAGGCUGCAGUAAUAGUUGUGAAUAGCCUUCCACCAGCCUGAGACGUGUGUACCAUUAUCUCAGCAGAAGGGAAAAAAAAAAAAAAACCAAAAAGAAAGCGCCGUGGUACUGUUGAAAAGGGACAGGAGAUGUCAAAUGGAUUGGUUUAAAAAUAUCCUUAGGCUGCCUCUGAGCCUUAAGGCUGGAGUUGAAGAGAAGUGAGCCCGGGCUUCCUGAAUAGCGUGGUGGCUGAGCUGCUGUGAGCAUGCGAGCCGUCCACCAGUGCAGACAGGAGCGGUGCUGGUCCAUAAAUACAGUGGGACUCCAUAUGCUGAGUUCUUCUCAUUUUCUUCUGUUAGAAAGUUUGGGGGGGAAAAAAAGGGAGACUUUGAAGUAUUUUGUUUAUACUAACAGAAGAGAAAAGUUCUCCUAAGAAGAAGCUGGUGGCAGGAGUGUAGAGGAGUAGCAUAUGGCAUUAAAAGGAGCACAGCUGGAGGUAGCAUUUCCAUCUGAACAUGAUGUCAGAGCAGCUGACAGCCUGCCAUCCCUCAGCCUUUUAUUCUAACACACAGACAGGGAGCUAGUGUGUGCGGAUCUGUGGUGGAGAAGGUGCCUCGUUCCUCUCCAACAUCAUCUCCACUUUGCAUCUGUCUCUCUCAGUCUGCUUUUUUUCCACCGAUGUAACAGACCUGGAGCCAGCAAGACUCAGAGGAAAGGACUUAAUCAGGUUUAUGUGUCCUAAAGGUUAUGAAGACAGCAUGGAGUUCCCAGACCACAGUCGACAUCUGCUGCAGUGUCUGAGCGAGCAGAGACACCAGGGCUUCCUUUGUGACUGCACCGUGCUGGUGGGAGAUGCCCAGUUCCGAGCGCACCGAGCUGUGCUGGCGUCGUGCAGCAUGUACUUCCACCUCUUUUACAAGGACCAGCUGGACAAAAGGGACAUUGUUCAUCUGAACAGCGACAUUGUUACAGCCCCGGCUUUCGCUCUCCUGCUUGAAUUCAUGUAUGAAGGGAAACUCCAGUUCAAAGACUUGCCCAUUGAGGACGUGCUGGCAGCUGCCAGCUAUCUGCACAUGUACGACAUCGUCAAAGUCUGCAAGAAGAAGCUGAAGGAGAAGGCCACGGCCGAGGCGGACAGCACCAAGAAGGAGGAGGACUCCUCCAGCUGCUCGGACAAAGUCGAGAGCCUCUCGGACGGCAGCAGCCGCAUGGCUGGCGACCUGCCCAGCGACGAAGACGAGGGCGAAGACGAGAAGCUGAGCGCGCUGCCCGGCAAGAGGGACGCGGCGGGCGAGCCCGGCGCCCUGGAGGGCGGCCUGCUGCCCUACGUGUCCAACCUGCUGGGCCCGGCCGGCCAGAUCUUCAUGUGCCCGCUGUGCAACAAGGUCUUCCCCAGCCCGCACAUCCUGCAGAUCCACCUGAGCACGCACUUCCGCGAGCAGGACGGGCUGCGCGGCAAGCCGGCCGCCGACGUCAACGUGCCCACCUGCUCGCUCUGCGGCAAGACCUUCUCCUGCAUGUACACGCUCAAGCGCCACGAGAGGACCCACUCGGGCGAGAAGCCCUACACCUGCACCCAGUGCGGCAAGAGCUUCCAGUACUCGCACAACCUGAGCCGCCACGCCGUGGUGCACACGCGCGAGAAGCCGCACGCGUGCAAGUGGUGCGAGCGCAGGUUCACGCAGUCGGGGGACCUGUACAGGCACAUCCGCAAGUUCCACUGUGAGUUGGUGAACUCCUUGUCUGUCAAAAGCGAAGCGCUCAGCUUGCCCGCUGUCAGAGAAUGGACCUUAGAAGAUAGCUCGCAAGAACUCUGGAAAUAAUUUUAUAUAUAUAUAUAAAUAAUAUAUAUAUAUAUAUAUAUAUACGCCUCUAUAUACAUAGAUCUCUAUAUAGUUGUGGUACGGUCUAAAAGCAGUCUUGUUUCCCGGAACUAAAAAGUUGGGAUAUUAACUUGUUUUUGCACUUUAGAAUAGCAUGAGACUCUCACUAAUUUAGCAUACUGAUAAAAGAAACUUUAGGACAAGUCUGAGAAUAGAGAGGUGUUUUUCUUUUGGGGGGUAGGGGAAGUAAGCCAAUAAGAACCUUCGAAACAAGUCGUCCUAUCGCAAAAUGCUUUCAUAGGGCUUCACUUUGUCAACACUGCAUUGUCUUUUGAGGUCUUUUUUCCCCCACUUGUUUUUUUUGGGGUUUUGGUUUUUUUGGUGUUUUUUUUUUUUAGUAGAAAUUCCCUCCAGUUUUAUUAGCCUCUUUAUAUAAAUGUCUCAAAUUGCAUGACUCUUUUCUGGCUGUUGGAAACCUGAAUGCUUUUAGACCCAAAUGGAAAAUUUCUGAAAUGCUGGAUUAUCUAUUUUUAAACAAGCAGUUGACUUAAAACUUUCUGUGGCAACUUCUGGUUUUCUGACGGUUCCCAAUGAGAGAAAUUAUGAACGUACACUGGGAUCACUGGGACGCUGUCUUUGUGAAGGUUUGCUUGGGAUGGAAAGGAUAUUGCAGCUUCAGCAGUGUUGAACUGUGUUGAAAAUGUGAAUUACUGUCAUUGUAUACUGUAAUUGAUUACAUGGGCUGGGGGGGUGUCAAAGAACUUGACAGGUUGUGUUGAUGCUCUUAGUUGAGUCUUGAAAAGUAAAUAUUAACGCUACAGAAAUGCAUGAGUUUCAGUAUAUUUUUGUCUUUGUUUGCAUUGUAUAACUUUAAUGAGUGAGUUUAAGAUUAUUUAAUUUCCUUAGAAAAAUAGCACCAUUUGGAGAAAAAAACUGGUGUUAUGAAGAACCUAAAUGCACUGUUUUUGUUUUUAUUUUAUAUAAUUUAAAUUGACUUUCCCACUGUCUUUAAGUUGAAACUGUUAAGCUGAAUAAAAACUUAAGCUGCAAAUUGA